AUGGAUAAGUCAAAAUCUUCAAGAAAGAAAUCAUCGACAUCUCCUCCAAAGCGAGAGCAUUCUCCAAAGCGUGAACGCUCGCCAAAGCGAGUGCGAUCUCCAAAGAAAGAGGGAGACCGGAAAUCAAGAUCUCAAAGGAAUGUCAAGAGUACGAUAUCGUCACCCCGGAGCGCUGGAUCAUCAAAACGAAAGCAAUAUCGCUCUCCCAAACCGCCUUCUUCCCGAUCCCCGAAACCAGUUCCCAGUGAUUCGGAAUCAACAAGGAGUCGGUCUUCUUCGAAACGACAACAGUCUAAUGUAAGGCAAAAUCUUCCAGCGACUGAUGGUCAUGAAGGAUCCUCCAAUAGUGUCCUUCACCAAGCUUCAAAGCAACAGAAACUCAACUAUAAUCAUCACUCUCUUCGUCCGCAGCAGGUUUUAUCUCCAAGGCGUGAACACUUUGCUCCUAAUUAUGAUCAUCCAAAUCUUUCUUCUAUACGUCUACCAAGCCUUAUUUCUCCCACACGAGACGACGCGGGCUAUUACAAAUCACCCAAAACACCCAGAGCUGGUACUAAUUCGGAAGCUGGCAGCCAAUCUUCUUUUCCAAUACCGCCGCCGCCGUAUGACGAUUUGGCCGCGAGUCACAGAAGCGACUACGUGGAAGCUCCUCCUGUGAAGGAAGAAGUUCAUCGAGUAGAUGAAGCCUUUCUCUUGUACACACUGGCAGAAAACGCAGCUAUUCGAAUCCAAAGAAACUUUCGAAACAAAAAACUUCAAGAAGACAAGGAUAUCGAUGAUACCGAUACAGCUGAAGACACCGAUGAUAACAUGAAAGAGAAUUUGGAGAACAAGGAAGAAGCGGAAGAGCCUGGCAAGCUGAUGACCUUACUUUUCUUAUCGAUUACCGCCCUCAUUCUGAUGGCGGGUCAUUGCAUGUCAUUUUUUGGAAGUUUGUGUGGAGGUUCGGAUGUCGAGGCUCCAGUGCCGCUCGAAGGUACGGCUCCACCACCAAGCGGUCAAGGAGGCGGAGGAGGAGGCGGAGGAGUUGCACCUCCUCCUGGGUUGGAAGCGGUUGCGGGUCAGGCAGCAAGUGCGGCUGGUUCAGCAGCGAGCUCGGGGGUUGCAACCGGUGCUGCAGCAGGAGCCGCGGCGAGUGCAUCUGCUGCCGCCGCUGCUGGGGCCGCCACAGCUGCUGUGGCUAGCCAAGUAGCAACAGCUGUAGUGGUCUCCUCAGCCGUUGCCGCGACUGCAGUCACCGCUGGGCUGGUCGCCACCAAUCUUGGAAAUACAACUGCUAUUUUUGUUCCACCAGCCACUUCAAUUUGCGGGCUUUUCGAUCCAGAUGUUCGAAAGGGACAGUUCACCAUGGUAUUCGAAGGAUUUUCUCGGCCGUUUGAUAAUCGGGAAAAGUUGAUUGUGGAGAAUCUUGUCGUAGAAGCUUACAACAAUUUGACCAUCGGCGCAAACCUGGAGUCGGUAGGAUGCCUUGACCCACUAUCGAGAGAGAUGACGGAAGCCAAACUUGUCAACCAAACCUGGGAUUCGAUUGCAGAAGGAUACAACCCAUUACUUGAAGCUGUUUUCGAGACAACCCUUCUAUGUGACAAUUGCCUGGCGCUCCAGCCACUCUUUUCGACAGAGAAGGAAGAGGAGAGAAGAUUGUUUCAAUAUCGCCGCUUGGAACAAGAUGGAAUUGAACCAAUCGACGGGACGGACCUGAUUUCGUCAGCGUUGUUCGACUUCACAAGUCGUGAAUUCUUCCAACGAUUACUGCAGCUUGUUAUUUUCAAAACUGAAGAUUUGAGCGAAAUUGGCGAACUUCCGGAUGGUUUUAUUCAAAUGACCAGAGCCUUUGUCACUCCUGUCCUUCCUGAAAACGACGGUGUCUCCGAAUCAGGUUCGGGGUCAGGUGGCAACGCAACAGGAACAGGAGGAGACCCCAACUUGUUGGAGGCCUAUCUCGUGACGGAAAUUGCCUACCAGCCGCAAGGGUUGGGGGGAGAUAGGGGCGCCUUCCGAUUCACAUAUAUCAACGAAGAGAAUGGCGAGCAACAAACGGACAUUGUUGUUAUCGAUGUCAAUACGAUACUGCAAGACCCAUUUGUGGAACCUGUUCCAACCACACAGUUCCCAACAUUUGCACCCACCAGAUCGCCAACCAUCAGCCCUAGUACGGUACCUACUAUUACUUUCUCAGGGCAGCCUACACGGGAGCCUUCCUCGAAACCAUCAAUGGCUCCAACAAAUAUUCCAAGUGAGGUGCCUUCAGAGACACCCAGCGAUGUGCCCUCGGCCCAACCUUCCAAUGUUCCGAGCGUCGUUCCAACCGAGCCACCAAGUAUGGUUCCGUCAUUCCCACCAUCUGAGGCACCAAGCGCCGGGCCAUCGAUCACCCAAUCAAUCGGACCGACCUUCAGUCCCAGCAUUUCACCAUCUGCUGUGCCAAGCUACAGACCUAGUGAUGCCCCGUCUGUAAAUCCGAGUGCUUUUCCUUCAAUGACUCCAAGCUAUGUGCCAAGUACUUCGCCAUCCAUGAAUCCAAGUUCUAUUCCUUCCAUGGCACCAAGUAUGGUUCCUAGUGUGAGCCCGUCGCUCAGCCCCAGUGGUCUACCAUCAAGUUCGCCGUCAAGAUCGCCAUCAGCAUCACCAAGCGUUGAGCCUUCCACGACACCUUCUAUCUCUCCAACUAUUACCUCAUGGCACUGGGUUGCUUGUGGUGAGACUGGUGGUUGUGCUGGAGAUGCGCUGCUCAACUCCAACAGGCUUACAGAUGAUUCUGGGACAUUCACUGCAGUACGUUGCUGUGCUGAUACGGCAUUAACAGGAUUUGCGAAAGUAUCUGCUAGUUGUCCCUACGCCGCAAGUACCAUUGGUGGUCUUUGCUACACCGGUACGACUUGGUAUGACGCAUUUGAAGCAUGUGCCAGUGUUGGUGCCCGGCUUUGCACAAGAGUUGAGCUAAACGCUCAGUGCACUACAAAUACAGGCUGCAGCCAUAAUCUCAGGCCGGUUUGGAGCAGUACAGCAGGAACUCCAUGA